AUGCCUCUCGUUCCAAGCUCGGCACCGCUGCCCAGCAGCAUGACCACUAUUGCUUACUUGCGCGAGCAAGAAAUCCUCAACAUCGUUUAUAUCGGCCUGCUCGUCAUUGAAGUUCUUAUGGUUUUGGGGGUUAUCACUAUGGCUCUUGUUAAGCGAGUUAAAGUCAACCACCAACUCAAAACGAUACGAUCAGCAACCACUUCCGCAAAAUACGCUCCCUACCACUUUGCGCAUGCCGACACGGAAAAGACGAUCUGCAGUGUUGCACUCAUGGCUCACGAAAUAACCGUCAUCAUUGACUCGCCUGACAUUUUUGGCGACCGACCUAAGAGUCGGUGCCCACACUGCAAGUUCUACCCCAAACAUGUCGAGAAAAAGGUAUGCGAAGUCUGUGAGUGCCUGAUGGGAAAAGACGAAAUCGAAGCCUUUCUCGGAGGCUUAGAACGGAACUGGCGUGUAUACCAUCUAAGUCGACAAGGAUUUCUACCCAGCCGCGCCGCCCUCGAGGAUGCUAUGCGCGCUCGAUUGAUUCAGGAACAACGCUGCGUACGCCUUUGUUGCGCCCGACCGAAGACACCCCUUCAUGUGCAUUGCGAAGACUGUCGCGAGAUGUUGCUCUGCAAAGGCGUUCCCAUCGCGGUUGUGAACAGAAAGAUUUAUGAGCUUACAUAUUAUGAUCCUUUUCCAGACUACGAUGACGACUCCUUCGUAGUAAGAGUUGCUAGAGGCGAGGCAAUCAUCUACGAAGCGGAUUGGAACUGGGAUUGCUCGCAGGCAAAGUUUGUGCAUCCCAGCCGUAAGAGCUUCAGAGGAAAUCUCAGCCCCGAGAAGAUAGUCUGA